AAAAACAUAUAUAAGGACUACUUUGUGAACCCAAAGAAAUGUUGAGGGACAACAUCUGUAACCUCACCGUUGUUUUUCAUGAUGUGUCAACCCCCCUCUCUGUAGCUUUCCACCUCCAUCUACGCCUUCAUUUCAUUAUUUUCAUAAAUAAAUGAAAAAAUAAUAAUAGCCCACAAAACAGGUGGGGGGUAUUGAUAAAUGCAGCCACAACUUUUGAAUAAAUGUAACAAAUUUAUUAUCUUUUAGGUUUUUUUUUUAGGAUUUGGAUUCAAGAUUCAUUGAUUGGCUUCACAAUACAAAAAUGGUGAUCAUAUCACAAGAUAUGAUUAAAGAAUUCCAGAUUUUAACGGAAUCAAUUGAUGUGCCACUCAAGGAUACAUUUGAGAAUCUGCAUCAAGGAUAUGAAACUGAGGCUUUGAUCCGAUUUCUGAAAGCAAGAGAUGGGAAUAUCUCCAAGGCCCAUAAGAUGCUUGUUGAUUGCUUAAAUUGGAGAAUCCAAAAUGAGAUUGAUGAUAUAUUGUCGAAACCAAUCGUUCCGAUUGACUUCUAUAGAGGAGUCCGUGAUUCACAGCUUAUAGGAAUGUCCGGAUACACAAAAGAGGGGCGACCAGUUAUUGCUGUUGGCGUAGGUCUCAGCACAUACGAUAAGGCAUCGAUUCAUUACUAUGUUCAGUCGCAUAUUCAGAUAAAUGAGUACAGAGACCGGAUUAUAUUGCCAGAUGCAACUAAGAAGUUUGAGCGUCAUAUAAGCACAUGCAUCAAAAUUCUGGAUAUGACCGGGCUAAAAAUUUCACAACUUAGUCAGCUUAAGCUAUUGACGGUUAUAUCUACCAUUGAUGACUUGAACUAUCCUGAGAAGACCGACACCUACUACAUUGUCAAUGCUCCCUAUAUAUUUUCAGCAUGCUGGAAGGUCGUGAGGCCUCUUCUGCAAGAAAGAACAAGGAAGAAAGUUCAGGUGCUUUCAGGUUGUGGAAGAGAUGAAUUGCUGAAGAUAAUGGAUUAUGAUUCUCUCCCCCAUUUUUGUAAAAGAAAAGGCAGUGGAUCUGGAUCAUCGCGACACUCUAGACACAAUAGUAGUGACGAUAAUUGCUUCUCGCUUAGCCAUGGUUUCCACCAGGAGCUCUAUAAAUAUAUCCACCAGCAAGCUGAGGCCCUGGAGUCCCCAGCAGCCCCGAUCAAGCAUAAAUCGUUCCAUGUGGCUUUCCCUGAACCUGAUCCUGAUGAUGAAAAGAUUGCACAGACUAUAGAAUCUGAGCUCCAAAAGUUUAGUGACCAAGAUGGAGUUGCUGAUGACCUAGACGACCUAAAGAUAAAUGAAGAUAAAGAAAAGAAAUGAAAAGUCUCUAUAUAAUCCGGCGGUGUAUAAUGGCAGCAAUGGUGGCUGCAUUUAAGGAUUAUAAGUUACUGAAAUGUUGACAUUUUGUUGUAUCUUUAUAAUUUUCUUUCAUGAUGUCAAGUCUUUUGGCUUUCCUCCUUUUCUCUCCCUUCAAA